CAACCACUUCUUCAUGGCCCCAGCCGUGUCCAGUGCGGCGGGUGGCCGGGGACCGGGUGGACGGGCCGGCGCCGACUCAAUCCGACAGACCGCUCACCUCAUUCGCCAAGAUCCGCGACAGCUCAAUCAGUUGUUGGAUUUAGUGGACCAGUUAGACCACAGCGUGUGGCCGUCGGACGGAGCUGCAUUGCCCGUGGGAUUGCGGCCCCGCGUCAUCGCCACUAUCCAAGCCUGCACCGACAUUUUGCUACAUUAUCAAGCUCGCGGCGACCUGACGGAACCGCCUCCCGACUCAGCCGAUCCGCCCACCCCGGCUCAGCAAACCUUGCUCGAAUGGUGGCGACAGCGAACCCAAGACAUUUGGCAGGCGCUCUUGGCCCUCGUGACGGCUGAUCAUCCGCUGGAGGCGGCCCGCGAUUUUGCCCUAGUGGCGUUGAUGCGCCUGUUACAAUUAGAGCCGGCGCCCAGGCCCAAGGGCCGUGCCACCACUGCCACGCAUUGGAGUCCGGUCCAGGCUCGACGGUUCAAGUCCCUGAUCCUGGCCUUGUGUCAGGCCCCGCGCUCGACUCACCGUCAAAUCCAGCGUUGCCAAGAGUUCCUGGAAUUCGUUGACGUGCAGCAACAAGCUCUUCAUACGUUGGCCAUGUUUCUCAAAAGCGCGCUCAAAGCCACGGCCACCCCGUUAAACCAGAUCACGCAGGGUAAUGUCAUGAGCUUCCUCGAGGUCUUGAAUUUUCGUCAACUCACCGAAAAGGACCAGCCCCGCAGCUGGCUGUGCCAAGACCAAGCUGAUCGCAAUCAGUUCCCCUACGCCUACCCCAAAGUCCGACAAACCUUUAGCGAGAUUUGGGAGCGAUUUCUCAAGCUCAAUUUUGAUCUGGACUUAUACAAGCGUGUGCUGAUCAUCAUGGAUGAGAAGAUUAUGGCUCAUUUGACCCGGCCUUUGUUACUCACGGACUUUUUGAUUAACUCCUAUCACGUGGGCGGACCCAUCAGCAUCUUGGCCCUCAACGGCGUAUUCACGCUCAUUCAGAACUACCAUCUCGAGUAUCCGGAUUUCUAUCAGAAACUCUACGCCUUAUUGCAGCCCGAUAUCCUCCAUGCCAAGUACCGCGCCCGCUUCUUUUACAUGGCCGAUAUUUUCUUAACGUCCACGCAUUUGCCCGAGUACUUGGUGGCGGCCUUCGCCAAACGCUUGGCCCGUCUCACACUCACCGCUCCGGCGCCCGCUUUUUUGAUGAUCUUACCCUUCAUCGGAAAUCUGUUGCUCCGACAUAAAAGUUUGCUGAAACUCCUUCAUGGCCAGCCCCCUGAAUCCGAUGAACCUGCCCCGGAGCUUGAAUCGGAUCCCUACCGAUCGGACGAGCCUGAUCCGGCCCAAUGUCGAGCUUUGGACAGUUGCUUGUGGGAGAUUCAGACCCUUCAACAUCACGCACUACCGCAAGUUUCGCAAGUGGCCAAAACCAUGUUCAAAAAGCUGCCCGAAAUGGAAUGGGACCUAUCACAAUAUCUGGAUAUUACGAUCGAUGACAUGAUGACGGUUGAGACAAAAAAGACCAUCUUUGUAAACGUACCGUUGAACUUCGAACGGCCAACGGGGUUGAAAUUUCCAAAAAAUGACCUCACUGAUCAAAUUUUUGCCCUUUAGUGAGGGUCUACGAUGAAGUUGGUGUCCUUCUGGAUGUGUUCCCGGCAAAAACCUAUGAAUUUGAAUAAAGGUUUCAAUAUGGUGUA